UUAUAUUUAUUACGUCAUAAUUGUAUAUCCGUUCUUCUGAAUGAAUCAUUUCCCGUUUACCUAUUUCGCCCAGGAGGACAACUGAAAUCCAAGAACGGUCAGAAGUACAUCAUCAACAGUUCACCUCGCGGGAAGUACGUUGCCAGCUGGUGCUGGUACUUCACGUUAUUCCUGGUCACCGCACUGACACUGCUGACAAUCGUCCUAUUGGUUUUGCUGAUUAAUCAGCCCCGAUUAUGUACUUACGAUAGUGAAACAUCUAAUGGAAAUUCUUCCGCUAUCAAAACUGGAGCGAUCUUUAAUCCCCUCAGCAGCAAUGGGGGACAUGCGGCAGUGGCUAAUGGUGUGCCAAAGAAGUGUUCGCACGAUCCCCGGCUGAACACGCAUCACGAUAGUUCGCGGCCAAAGACCGGUGACGGCCAAUUGGACGAAACUGAUGGCGUUUUUGCAGAGGAAGAAGACGAUCAGGACCUGAUCACGCGAAGUCACGGGUGGUCGCCGCUCCACUACAAAUUAACCAUCGAACCAAACUUCGAUCGCUCCAUCAAUAAUGGAACAGUUGCGAUAACCAUAACUCGCGAUGCUCCAGAGUCGGAUGCAUUACUACCCAUCGUUUUAGAUAUAAACCAAAUAACAAUUCAUUCUGUACAAGUGUUAGACUCCGAUAACCAAGAUCUAGCUUCCGAUGCCUUUUACGGUCGAAACAAUCAAACCUAUGUGAUACAAAUCAAAGAACGUGGCGAGAAUUUCCUCAAUGUAACCGUUAUAUUAGACUUUGAAAGCCAGCUAAGUGAUACUUUGCAAGGUCUAUACAAAGGAUCCUUUACCGAUGAGGAAACUGGUGAAAAGAGUUGGUUCGCGAGUACCCAGUUCUCGCCAAUCGAUGCUAGACGGGCCUUCCCCUGCUUCGACAGUCCAGAUAUGAAGGCCACGUUCGAGGUGUCUCUAGUGCAUCCGGUUGAAAAAACAAUGUUUCUGUCCAAUAUGGAUCACAUACGAACUACCAUUAGUCGUCCGGGAUAUUUGAAGGAAGACUUUGAAACAACACCAAAGAUGAGCACCUAUCUCGUAGCAUUCAUUAUAUCCAACUUGCGACUGGCGCAACGGUCCGAAGGAUUCACACCUCAGAUUAAUAUCUGGAGCAGACCGGAAGUCACUCGCAUGACGAACUACGUGCACAGACUGACGGUACGCAUUCUGCCCUAUUUGGAGAGUUACUUCGACCUCAAGUUCAACAUGAAGAAAAUCGAUAUGGUUGCCGUGCCAGACUUCGGAUUCAGUGCAAUGGAAAACUGGGGUUUGAUCACAUUCCGGGAGUCGGCGUUUUUGGUUCCCGAGGACAACAACAAAAGUUCUUCGGCCAAACAUAAGGAACGUGUUGCGUCGGUGGUGGCACAUGAGCUGGCUCACCAGUGGUUUGGCAAUUUGGUUACGCCCCGUUGGUGGAAUGACCUUUGGCUGAAGGAAGGAUUUGCCACGUACAUGAGCUACGAGUGUCUCAACUUUGCCGAGAAAAAGUGGCGUGUUUUUGAAACAUUUGUUCAAAAUGAGCUUCAGAAAGCUUUCGAAAAAGACUCCGACCGUAAUUCGCAUCCGAUUUCAUUCCCCGUUAACCGUGGCUCAGAUAUCCGCCGGAUUUUUGAUCCCAUAUCCUACUCCAAGGGUGCUUCAAUUAUACGAAUGAUGAACAGUUUCCUAGGGCAAGAUGCCUUCAAGGCGGGAAUAACGGAGUAUUUGAAGAAGUAUCAAUACGACAACGCCGAACAGGAAGACUUGUGGGAGAUUUUAACCCAUCAUGGUCAUGAGUUUGGCACUCUGCCUGCGUCGUUGGACGUGAAACAGAUCAUGGAUACGUGGACAUUGCAAGCCGGAUACCCAGUGGUCACAGUCCAGCGAACAGGUGACCAAACGAUCAGAAUUUCACAACAGCGAUACAUGCUUCCCACGAAAAACGCCUCCGACGACACUCGGUGGUACAUCCCGAUAACCAUCGUUACAAAAUCUUCCCUGCCACGGGAUACUAUUCCGGAACUUUGGCUUAACUAUGAUAACCAAAGCGUAGAAGUGGAAAUUCAAGCAGAAUCGGACGAUUACGUUUAUCUGAACAUAGACCGGACCGGUUACUACAGAGUAAACUACGAUUACGCAUCGUGGAAGAAAUUAACCACCAACUUCCCAAGUCUUCCGGCUUUAACAAGAUCGCAGCUAGUCGACGACGCUUUCAACCUAGCACGUGCCGAAUUCAUAGAAUACGACAUACCUCUGACGCUGAUCCUGAUCGUGUCACAAUUUCCUCACGACGUGUCUGCUUGGGCUUCGCUUAGCAAAGGUUUGGAAUACGUCAACGAUAUGAUGGCGCGCGAACCUGCGUAUGAAAGCUUCCUGGCUGUGAUGCGAUCAGCUCUGAGGAAAUCAUUCGAAACGUACGGCUUCGACGAUCACGUGGACAACGAUCACCUGCAGAUGAUGCAUCGCGAGAGGAUAGUUGGACUCGCUUGUCAGUUUGGAAUGGAUAAAUGUUCCGUUCGAGCGCAGACUUUGUUCAGACGAUGGAUGACCGAUUCCAAGGAUAAUCAGAUACCACCAAACCUCAAGCAGGUCAUUUACUGCACAUCGUUGCGGGAUGGGGGCGUGCCAGAGUGGAACUUUGCCUACAAACGAUACAAGGAGACAGAUUCCGCUUCGGAGAAGGAACUCAUUCUAAACGCCUUGGGAUGCACGGUCAAGCCUUGGCUACUGUCGAAAUACUUGAAUAUGACGUUAGAUCCUUCAUCCGGUAUUCUCAAGCAGGAUGGUUCAAGGGCUUUCCAGUCCGUUGCGAAGAACUACGCGGGCAAUGACAUCGCCUUCAACUUUUUGUACGAGAACAUCGAACGAAUUGUAAAAUACUUCGGAGAUGGAUUCUCCACGUUGAACAAGAUGAUAGAUUCCGUUACCGCGAUGAUGAACCAACCGCAUCACAAAGAACAGUUCGAUCGGUUCGCACGGAAGGCACGAAAGCUGGGACUGCGAACAAUAGAGAAGAGCGUCUAUCUGGCGGAGGAGCAGAUCGUGAACAACAUCCACUGGCGGGAUCGGUCGUACUACAAACUCCAGGAGUUCCUCGAUAAACUAAUCCAAGACUUGCACAUGAACAUGUACUAGAGGAGAGGGAGCUCAGAUUUUCCAUUGUAAGCCUUAAAUAGUCAAAGUUCCAGCAGUUUGAAAAUUUGUUGAGCGAUGUUUGUACAUAUUAUUGAUAGGGGGAAAGAAAAAAACAAGUACGAUACCUACUACUGAAUUAGCCUCGCAAGUUCGUAUAUGUGUAUAAGAAACCAAAUUUCUCAUAGGCGUUCGUUGGAUUUCAAAACCGUGCGAUGGCUGCGUAUUUUUAUAAUUUACGAAAAGAGAGCAACGGAUUUUUGGCUGUGUAUCUGUAUAAAUAGGCAAAACAUGGUGCAGCAUGUCAUUGGUUAGUUAAAUUUCAAUUGAACCACCAUCUAGGCGAUUUUGAUUAAGUCAUCAACAGUAUUUAUUAAAUUUAUUACCGUAAUAACUUAUACGACAGUCUGGAUGAUACCAGGAUGAUGAGAAUAGUCUGCUAGUAUGCUAAGUUUCUCAAAGAAAUAGAUAUAAUAUUUGCCAUAUUUUUAUAGUGUCUAGAAUAUAAUCUAAAUAAAACGAAAGCGCUAAAUUAAACUGCGUGUUUGACAGAGCAGUGAAAGGUUUUAAAAUGUUUUAACUAAAGGGAGAAGAUGUUAUUGUACGACAGGCAAACAUAUAUGCAACACAUGCCACUCUGAGAAACAAUCUGCCAUUGUAGUUGAAAUAUUUACACACUAUUCGAAGUUCCGAACCACA